GUGCUUCGUUUCUGUCUCUGCGAAUAAGAGGGCAUCUCACGGGAGACUCAGGUGUCCCUGCUCUUAGGACUGCUAGCGGGGGGCGUUGGUUUCUCGUCUGUUUUGUUCUUUGGCUGAGAGCUCUGCGUUGGCGCCGUGUUAGUGUAACUUUCUACAGGGUCGUUCCUUUCUGCCUCGGUAUUUCUGCGAACUCAGGGUACCUUCCAGCACAGUGAUGAAUAUUAUAUUAUGUUCAGAUCUUGUGUUUGCAUUGUGUUGUUUUCAGAUUCUUGUUCAUCUGAUAGGCUGUGGUACCUUCUGUGGCACAAUAAAAAAGAAUUAUUGCUCAAAUAAUUUUUUCUUCUAAUGUGACAGGGUUUCUUUCCAUGAUAAAGAAACUCUAUUUAUUGUGCCGGAAUUUAAUUGUUUUAUAUUUUAUACUGCAGUAUUUUCUUCCUCUGAAUUUUAUUUACAUAUAUAUUGCGAGAAUGGGUUGUCUUUCAUUUUCCUCCAGUUGAAAAGCUGGUUCCAAUCCCAUUUGUUAAAUUAUUCACAAUUUUCCACUGAGUUAGAAUUCCUCUUUUGUCAAACAUUAAUUGAUAAAAUAUACUUCAUCUGUUUCUACACUUGGUUUUAUAACUCUUCAUUAAGAACUAAUGUAUGCUGCUAAGAAGGUUAAUUUUCAUCUCUCUCAGAAUGUAUAUUUCUGUCAGUGUUUCGCUUUAUUUUGGUAUAGUCAAAAACAUGACAUUGAACUUGCCAUCUUAACCAUUUUUAAGUGUACAGCUCAGUAGUGUUGUGUUAUUUUGUGCACCAACUCUUUAGACCUUUUUCAUCUCGCACUAAUAUUGCAAUAUCAUAUGCAAGUGUACAGCCAGUAGACAGUAACUCCCUCUCAUCCUUCCAGCCCUUGGUCCUCACAUUUCUACUUCGUGUUUGUUAAGAGGUUGACCACUUUAGAUACUCGAUACAGAUAGCGUAGUACAAUUUUCUGUUUCUCCUUGGGUGAUUAGCAUAAUGCAUUUAAGCCCCAUUCAUGUUGCAGCCUGUGACAAAAUGCCCUUUUUUAUGGCUGUGUAAUGUUGUAUUAUAUAUAUAUCACAUUUUCUUAUGCUGUUCAUCUGACAUUGGGCAUCUGAGUUGCAUCUACCUGUUGGCUCCGUGAUUCAUGCUGUGAUAAGUAUGGAUGUACAAAUAUCUUUGUGAUCCCCGUUUUAAUUAGUUUUCACUGAAUACCAGAAGGUGUUAUAGUUAGGUCAUGUGAUCAUUUUAUUUUGAAUUUCUUGAGGGACUUCUGUUUUCCAUAGUUGCUGAACCAUUCUACAUUCCCAGCAAUAGCCUGCAACUGUUCCAACUUCGCGGCAUUCUCUGCAGUACUUACUGCGUUUUGUUCUGUUGCUGUGGGCCAUCCUGAUGAGUGUGAGGUGAUAUCCCCUGUGGUUCCCCACAGAACUGCUGAUGCUGAGAAUCUUUGUGUGUGCUUAUUAGCCAUUUGGAGAAAUGCUGAGGUUCUUUGCCUUCUAUUCCUGGCAUGUUUAAAAGGAUAUUGCCAGUGGCUUAUAAUGUUAGGUUGAAAGAUUUUCCUUCAUCAAUUUAAAUAUGUUGCUCUUUUGUUCACUGGAUACGAACCUUUGGAGAGUAGCCUUUUUUUUGGUAUACAGUGUUCAUUUUCCUUUGCUUGAAAUUAAGAUUUUCUCUUUAUUUCUGAUUUUUACUCAUAGACAUUUGUGUUUUGCAGAUUCUUGUUUGAUAUUGCUGAGUUUUUUUUUUCAUUCUGCCUCUAGGUUGUUGUCGUUUCCACCAAAUUUACUAUAUUUUGAACCAUUGUUUCUUUAAAAUAUAGAGGUUGUAUAAGUUUGUAUAAGUUGUCCAUCAUUUUUCUUCCUUUCCUAAUUACUCUGAAGAUUCUAGGUCCUUGGCUCUUACAUAUUAAAUUUAGGAUUAUUUAUUAAUUUUUCAAAUGCCUUUUGGGGGCAUCCAUUGGAUAAAAUGAAUCCAGUGAUCUAUUUCGGCAAAAUAUAUGUUAAUAAUUUAGGUCUACUAGUCCUUAUUUCUCUGUUAUUCAAAAGCCUUUAGUUUUUCCAGGAAUAUAUUAUCAUUUUUCAUUAAUUUACUCCUGAAUAUUUUUUACUUUAUGGCAUUUUUUGAAAAAAUUUAUUUUGUUUAUUUGAGUGUUACAGAGAGAGGCAGAGACAGAAAGAGAGGUCUUCCAUCUGCUGGUUCACUCCCCAGAUGGCUGCGUCAGCUUGAGCUGAGCCGAUCCAAAGUUAGGAGCCAGGAGCUUCUUCCAGGUCUCUCACAUGGGUGCAGGGGCCCAAAGACUAGGGCCAUCUUCCACUGCUUUCCCGGGCCACAGUAGAGAGCUAGAUCAGAAGAGGAGCAGCGGGACUAGAACCAGCCCCUAUAUGGGAGCGCCACCUUGGCAUUUUUAAUAAUAUUAAUUUUAAAUUCAUUUUCAUUAUUAAAAGAUUUAUUUAUUUAUUUGAAAUGCAGAGUUAUGGAGAGGCAGAGUCAGAAAGAGAAAGAGAGGUCUUCCAUCUGUUGGGUCACUCCCCAGUGGCCUCAGAUGGCCUCGAUGGCUGGAGCUGGGCUGAUCAGAAGCCAAGAGCAUGGAGUUUCUUCCACAUCUCUCGUGGGAGUACAGGGGCCCAAGGACUUGGGCCAUCUUCUACUGGUUUCCGUGACCCUAGCAGAGAGCUGGAUCAGAAGUGCAGCAGCCAGGACUCGAACCACUGUUUGUGUGGGAUGUUGGCACUGCAGGUGGCAUCUUUACCUGCUGAGCCACAGUGCCAGCACCUUUAUUUCCAGUUUUUAAACUAUAGAUAAAAAUACAAUUGAUUUUGGUGUACAUCAUCAUGUGUAACCUUGGUAUGUUCAUUUGUUGAUUUUUAUACGUUGAUAUAUAAUUUCUUAAAUUCUUUUUAUCUACACAAUUAUGUAAUGGCUUAUAAAGACCUUUUUCUUUCUUUACUUUCUUGUCUCUUAUUUGUCUCACUGCACUAACUAAAUUACCUGAUAGAAUGGACAAGUUUACAAAGUGGAGCACAUACGUGAUUGCCUCAUUCUCAGACUCACAGGGAGCAUGUUCACUAUCUCGUCAUCAAGUGUGGUGACUAUCAGGAAGCUUUACAUCGACAUCUCUAGAAUGAGGACGCUUCUUUCUGUUCCCAGUUUGCUGCAGUAUUUUGUCAUUCACGGAUGUCAUAUUUUGUCAAAUGUUUUCAUCCAUCUGUUAAGACACUCAUAUCAUUUUCUUGUUAAUCUGUUAUGGUCAUUCUGCUGAUAGACCUUUUCAGUUUUUGAAAACCAUGCAUAGUCUUUGCAUAAUACAUAUUUUCAGCAAGAUUUUUGUAGCUUUCACACAGAUCAAACAAUGCCUUUAUUUUCCACUUACUUGUUAAGAACACUGUGACUGGAUACAGACUCUAGGCUGAGAGGUUUUUGUUCUUUCAGCACUUUAAAUGUUAUUGCACUGACUUCUUGAUGCAAUGCUUUGAUUAGAACUUGGCCUCAGUUUUACAGGGCUCCUCACUAUGGCACAUGCCUCUUUUUUCCCUCUGGGCACUUUUAAGGUUUUGCUAAGUUGUUUUUCAGCAAUUUUAGUAUGGCAUUUCCCCUGUGUAACAUUAUUCAGUGUCUUUGAGCUUUCCAGACCUGCAGCUUGAGAGUUUCCAUUCUAUUUGGAAAGGGGUUAACCUUUAUUUCUUCAAAUGUCUUUUCUGUCACAUCCUCUGUAUUCCCUUCUUUCUGGGAUUUUAAUUAUAAAUGUGUUCUUGCUAUUUUUAGUUGUUCUGUAAAGUAAUAUUCCUCAAGUAUGAAUUAUUAUUAAAUAUGAAUUGUUGACAUUUUCCAUAAAGUACCCCAUAUUUUAUUGAAAAAAUUCUACAAAAUAAUAGAUUUAAUAUGUGAAGUUACUAAUUGGGCUUUUUGUAUCAUAAUGUUUAAAUGUUUCAGCAUGACCUUAAAAUUUUUUACAACAAAGUAAAUUUAUCUUUUAAUUCUGUUUUACAUAAAGUGUAUUUGUCUACUCGUACAGGUGCACGAUAAUUUGCCAAACUAUUUGGAGCUGGAUAUUAUUGAAAUUCUUAGCUUUUCAGAUUUCAGAAAGGUAGUUUGUUACAUAUACUAAAUAUUGUGUGCUUCCUACAACCUUACCAUAUCUCAGGGGUUGUGCACUAAUGGAAUACCCUUUCAAAAAUCCAGGUCAGGAAUUUUCACUAACAUAAUUCACGUUCAGCCAGGUUUUACUUUCAAAUGAUAGAAAUAAGAUGUAAAAAGCACUGCAUUGGAAUUUGAAUCUUUGAUCUACUUAUGAUUAGUUGUGCUGAGAAGAGUCACUCAGCUGUUCUGGUGCCUUGUAUUUGCUGAUGGGAUGUAGCUAAUAAUGUCUACCUAACAGGGUUAUAGUGAGUAUAAAAUAGGAAAAAUGCAAAUAAAAUAGGUAACAGACUGGCUGGCAUGGAGAUGAAACCUCAGUAGAUACUAGUUGAAGCUGAAUGGUGGUUUUCUCUUAAAGAUUAUAUUUUUUAUUCUCACAGUAUUCCACAUGAAGGAAUGAUAGGUUUUGGCUUAGACUACAGAUGGAAAUAAGGGACAGUUAAUGAUUUGCCAUUCAGGUCAGGAAAUGAAUUCAGAUCAUCUGACUUCUGUGUUGAAUGUAAAUUUUGGGGUGAGUAAUUCAGAGAUGGCAGUAUUUUGCAUUGGAAGCUAGGUCUUUAAGUGAUCUUUGCAAAGUAGGCACAUUGACACUGCUUUUCUUGGAGUUACUAAGGGGAUUAUAAGAAGCAGUCAAGUACAAAUGACCCUACGUGAUUGGAAUUCAGUGAAUAGUGGAUAUAAUGAGUUUUGGGAUAGAAGCUGUAAUCAGUGGAGAGCUAUCUGUGAUUUGUGGUGACUCAGUAUUUCUGGAGCACCCUUUAAGUCCACACACCCCCAUGAUGCUGUUGCCCCAUGUACGAUGCAGGACAGUUUGGGUCAAUUAUUUUGUCCAGCAACACAAAGAGGGAUGGAUAUAUUCAGGAGUCCUUUUUUAAAGUCUCAGAUACCAGUUCUCUGGAAUCACCUGGGAGAUUUUCAUUUUGUUUAUGCCUAAAAAUGAUACCUUGUUUUUUCCAUGCCUCCCAGAUAAUUUGGAGAUCAUUUUUGUAAGAGAACAGACACUCAAAGUUCUGAAGGCUUGUCCUGGCUCAAUUUCUGCUCCUACUGCAAUUCAUGUCUGGCACAGGAGACAGCAAGAUGAUGUCAUUACUUGCACUUCUGAUGCAACCCCUCUUGCUUGAGGAUCUUGAAAUCCUUGCAUGGAUCCCUCACCCACUUCCCACUUCUAAUUACAGAACAAUGACAUCUAUACAGAAACUUUGCUAUUCCUAAUAUGUCUACUGUGUUUACAUAUUUUUUAAAUUAUGUACUGAAGAUAUGUCAAGGGUGAAUAUUUCUUUAGCAACGAACACAACAGACAAAGCUCUUUCUGCUGAUUCUAUUUUUGUGGAUUAUGAAUACACCUCAAUAAUGCCUUUUGUAAAACAUUCACAGCUGUUCCAGUGCCCAUUCCUAAGCAAACUGACUGAGACUCCUAAAUCGAAAUGACAUAGAAUCUUAAGCAUGAGUAGAUUGCUACAAGGAAAUAAGAUUAAGAGAUACCUAGAAGUUUGCCACUUCCAAUGCCAAGGAGUGAACAUAUGCAAAACUUUAGGCCACAAUGAGGGUCUUUAUGAUUUUGUGUAUUAGAAUAGACCUUAUUUUCAAUUUAUCAUUACCUCUGAGUACUGGAGUAAUCUGAGGAUUUUCUGUACUAUUUGCUUGCUAAUUAUAUUGUCAGUGCCAGCGUUGUGGCACAGUGGGUUAAAGCCCUACCUGUAGUGCUGGCAUCCCGUAUGGCAUCGGUUCAAGUCCUGGCUGCUUCACUUCUGAUCCAGCUCCCUGCUAAUGUACCUGAGAAAGCAGCUGAGGAUGCCCCAAGUCCUUGGGUCCCUGCAUCCACAUGGGAGACUUGGAAGAAGCUCCUGGCUCCUGGCUUCGAGUGGGCUUAUCUCCAUCCUUUGUGGCCAUUUGGGGAGUGAAUCAGUAAAUAGAAGACUUCUCUCUCUCUCUGUUUCCACUUCUCUGUCUUUCAAAUAAAUGAAAGUAAAUCUUUAAAAAAGUACUGGUGCUGUGGUGCAGUGAAUUAAAGCCCUGGUCUGCAGUGCCAGCAUACCAUAUGGGUGCUGGUUCUAGUCCCAGCUGCUCCUCUUCUGAUCCGGCUCUCUGCUAUGGCCUGGGAAAGCAGUUGAAGAUGGACCAAGUCCUUGGGACCCUGCCCUCAUGAUGGAAUCCCAGAAGAAGUUCCUGGCUCCUGGCUCUUGGCUUCGGAUCAGCGCAGUUCCAGCCAUUGCGGCUAUCUGGAGAGUGAACCAGAGGAUGGAAGACCGACCUCUCUGUCUCUACCUCUGUAUGUAACUCUGUUUUUCAAAUGAAUAAAAUAAAUCUUUAAAAAAUUGAAAUAAAAAUACAAAACUACCUUAUGUUAUCUAGUUGUCAAAGUUUAAAAAGUUAUGUAUGCAGUGCUAUUAGCAACUUAAGUAUCUUCUUAUGGGGAAUUGAUUUUAAAAUGAUGGAAAAUCAAUAUAAGGCAAUUCUAUGCAAAAUUAAAAGGACAAAGUAGGUUUUCUUAUAUUGUCAUGGAAAGAUCUUUAAGACUUAUUUUAAGGGACAAGAAAUUGUUAACAUUUUGUACAAACCGGUCCCUGUUUACAAAAGAGCAACAAGAGGUAAGUAUUGGUAUAGAGGUUAAGACAUCACUUGGGAUGGCUGUAUCCCAGCUUAGAGUGCCUGGGUUUGAGUCCUGCCUUCGAUCCCAGUUCUGUGUUCUUGCUACAGCAGACCUUGGGAGGCAGCAUAUAGGGGCUCAAGUUUUUGAGUCCUUGUCAUCCAAAUGGAUUCAAAUCUUGGAUUCUGGCUUUGACCUGGCCCACCCAGGUCACUUAAGGGAUAAACCAGUGGAUGGAAAAUGUAUGUGUGUGUGUGUGUGUGUGUGUGUGUGUGUUUCUUCCUGCCUUUAAAAUAAAAUCACAACAAAACUUAUGUAUAUGUAUAUGUAAAUAUUUUCUGCUUUUUCCUAGAAUUUUAACUGGACAACCAGUGAAAGGAUCAAGUUUACUUUGCAUCUCUUUGAACAUUUCCUCUGAGGACUCAAAGACAUUCCCAUCUGUCUAUCAGAACUUACCAGGUUAAGUUCCUCUCUGUCCCAGAAACUGCGUUUUCUGCCAGCAACAUCAAGAUGGCAGGACCACCUAGCCCUUCAUCUAUUCCAGCAGAUGACAAACUAAGGAUCAACCAAGACUUCAGCCUCAAACUGUCAAAAGUCAGAAUGGGAGUUGCAAGCUUUCCGACAACAAGUGUAUAACUUGGCUACUUGCUUAGAGAAAUACGAUGGUGGAAUAUACAAACCCUUGCUACUCCACAUGCUGGAAAAGAAAGGCCGGCUUGGAUUGCUGCAAGUUAUGUCACCGGUUCAAGCUGUGUUCAACAUGCCUGGCGCAGUUGCUCCAUACCACCAGAACAUGAGGCUCUGCCCAAAAAUGGACGUGAUAUACCACUACUACUUAGCUGCCUCAGCAGCUCACGUGGAUGUCAUCAACCCCGGCAUUGGCUACCCAGUCUUCUGGGGUCCCAGCCCCUUCGUAGAGCAGUCCUACCGCCGUGCAGAGGUGCUGGAACAUGAGUCCUCCCAAGGGAAAUCUGGCUGCUCUGCUCGGAUGCUGGGGUGCUGCCCGACCCCACCGCCACGUGUGACCAACAGCCAGGAAGUGGAGGAGGCGGCAGAGGACUGGACGGCGACAGAUCAUGGAAACGCCCAAUCCGGGCCUGGCGUGGACGCCACGUACCAGCAGACCGUUUGGGCCUGCCCCGAACCCGAGGGCAUGAACUGCUACUACUUCGGGGACGCCGCGGCGGCCUACGCGGGUGCAUACCCCGCUGGCGCGUCCUCCCAGGUCGGCUGGGGCCCCGGCACCUUUGUGGGCUGCCCCUAUCGCCGGGCGCAGGUUGCGGAGUUGCCUGACACCCACACUGACACCGACACCGAGGAGGAGGCGGAGCAGGACCCGGCGGCGCCCGCAGCUGAGUACGAGGCCCCUUGCGGGAUUGAACAUUUGGAUGUGUGCUACCCAUCUGACUGUAUGCACCUCGGUUGGCCUGCCUUGGUCACUCAUCUUUAUGCUGCCUUCGGCUUCCCUUUCCAUCGAUUCUGUUGUCCGGCACUUUGUUUAAAACAGCGUCAUCCCUGGCCACGCGCCGUGGAAUGUGAGUCCUCCCAAGCAAAAGACCUUGCCACUCCACUUAGUUGCUGGUGUCUUGUUCCGUACCACUGCCUUGCUGUGCCUUCUCCUGGUGGGUCCUGGCCCAGCUGCACUCCUGUGCACAGUUGGCUGCCAAGAGUGAAUCCCCAUGGUGCUGCUGACCCAUGUGGUGGCAGGUAGGACCCAUCUUUCCCCUUAUCAUGUUGUGACCUGCCCCGUGUGCCAUCUGUUGCAGUGGAGAGCACACAGCUGGAGGCGGAGGAGGCUGACCCCUCCAGCGGUGGCCAGUUGUGCACAUCAGGACACCGGGUCGAAGCCCAGUCUUUGUAAGUGAUCACGGGCAUGUGGGUCUGCUCUGUUGCACAGCUGAUGACAGCGGGUCUGGGGAAUGGUAGGGGAUGGAACGUUUUCUUGGCUGUUGAAGACCAUGUGCCCAGAAGGCCUGUUUUCCCGACUCUGGCCCAGCCUGGCCCGCCAACAGCCCCUCCCCACCCCUGU